AUGAAACGAGUAGUGACUAAGAUACACCAGACAGUACUCACUCAAAGAAGAUUUAUAACAACAUGGUAUUAUGCUACAGAUAUACCAAAAUAUAAGCCAUAUGAACCAGACUAUAAACCAAAGAUACAGCCGAAAUCUUUCAAGAAGUUUGCAAUUCAAGACUCUCAUCAACUAGAAUCUACUUUGAAAGCAAAAACAGAUAGGUUUGUUCAAGUCAAUGAAGAUGAUUUAUUUACUGUUGACUUACAGAAAAUGACUCUAAAACCAACAUACUGGGAGGGUCCAACUUAUGAAGUACGAAGAGGAAUAUGGUUCGACUCAAAUAAAAACCCACUCUCACCUCAAUUAUCGGAAGAACUGGAUGAACUCCAUGGCAAAAAUGAACACAACGUGGUAUUAAAAUUAAAAGGAAACUAUCCUGAAGGAAGACUGAUAUAUUUCAUUGAUGACGGAAACGUUGGAUUUAUCCUCAAAAAUCUGGACGGUGGUAGCCUCAUUUUAAAUUACCUAAAGUCUGGCAUUGGACAGUACUUACCAAUCAAUGGCAUUAAAGUAACAAAAUAUGUUCAUGAGCAAGAAAGUUCAAUUUCUGAUGUCAAGAAAACUAAGAAUAACAAUUCGAAAGAGAAUCCUAUCGAAAAUAAUACAUCUUCCUACCUCAGCAAAUUAACAGGUUCGGACUUAGUAGAUGGAAUAUCAUCAUAUCUUAGCUGGAAUGAUGUUAAAACAGAGACAGAAGAAAAUAAGGAGUUCAAACAUGAGAUGGAAAACGAUUAUCAAACUAGUGACAGUAAAGGGUCACCUUACAAGAAAAACAAACGGCAUGUUAAACAUCUCAUCCUCUGCGUACAUGGAAUUGGCCAGACUCUUGGCAAAAAGUAUAAAUAUAUUAAUUUCGCACAUACUAUUAAUCUUUUAAGAUUAAAUAUGAAAAAAGUCUAUUCUGAAAGUGUGGGUAUACGACAUUUAAAUAAAGAAAAUAAUAUGGAGGAUCCGGAAAAUAACUGUGGUAUACAGCUAUUACCUAUAACUUGGAGACACUCAAUAAAUUUUGAAGCAGAAAAAAAUGCCGCAAUCGCUUCUGAUCUACCCUCUCUUUCAAACUUAACUAUACAGGGAAUCAAACCCUUCCGAAAACUUUUAGGAGAUGUGGCAGUUGAUGUUUUACUUUACACGGAUCCAUACUACAAACAUAUUAUAUUAGAAGAGGUCAAAGAUCAAUUGAAUAAAGUAUAUGCCUUAUACAAAGAAAGAAAUCCUGACUUUGAAAAUUUGCAGAUUCAUUUACUAGGUCAUUCACUCGGUAGCCUCAUAUUAUUCGAUAUAUUAUCAGAAACAAGCAGAUAUAAACUAGACUUCAAUGUGUCGAACUUUUUCUGUAUUGGAUCACCAAUAGGUAUCUUGAAGUUGGUUCAGAGAACAAAGAUCAGCCCUCCAAAAAACAACUUUAGUAAACUUAGUUUGAAUGGUAUAAAGACAAAUAUGCCAGUUUGCAAGAAUCUUUACAACAUAUACCAUAUUUGCGAUCCCGUUGCUUACAGAGUGGAACCACUCAUUAAUAAUCUUAUGUCACAGUAUGAACAAGACUAUCUCCCGAGGUCGUCAACCUUUGACGAACUAACAUUGAAAGUAAUGAAAAUUGGCGGAUCUAUUUGGGAUGGGUUGCCUAUGGACAGUAGCAAAGAAAACGUUACAUCGUCAGUCCCAAAAGAAAUCAAACUUGAUAAGAGUUUGACAUCCCUCUUGACCAAGUUCAACCAUUCAGGAAGGAUUGAUUAUGCCAUCAAACCAAAUAUUUUAGAUGUCGAUCUGAUCUCUGCUAUAAAGUCACAUGUAUCAUACUUUGAAGAUAUCGACAUUGCCGGUUUUUUACUCAGAGAAAUUUUAUCCAACCACGAAAUAACCAGUGAAAUUCUGGUAACGAAGAUAUAG